AUGUCGGAAACCGCUCCUGCUGAGACGGCCGUCCCGGCGCCGGUGGAAAAAUCUCCUGCCAAGAAGAAAGCAACCAAGAAGGCCGCGAGCGGUGGGGCGGCGAAGCGCAAGGCUACUGGGCCCCCAGUUUCCGAGCUGAUCACUAAGGCUGUCGCUGCCUCCAAAGAGCGCAAUGGCCUUUCUUUGGCUGCGCUCAAGAAGGCGCUGGCAGCCGGCGGCUACGAUGUGGAGAAGAACAAUAGCCGCAUCAAGCUGGGUCUCAAGAGCCUGGUGAGCAAGGGCACCUUGGUGCAGACGAAGGGCACCGGGGCUUCCGGCUCCUUCAAGCUCAACAAGAAGGCGGCUGCCGGGGAAGCCAAGCCCAAGACGAAGAAGGCGGGGGCUGCUAAAGCCAAGAAACCCGCAGGGGCAACUCCUAAGAAGCCCAAGAAGGCUGCGGGAGCGAAGAAAGCCGUUAAGAAGACGCCUAAGAAGGCGAAAAAGCCCGCUGCCUCUGGCGUCAAAAAAGUGGCCAAGAGCCCCAAGAAGGCCAAAACUGCGGCAAAGCCAAAGAAGGCUGCUAAGAGCCCCGCGAAGCCCAAGGCAGUGAAGCCAAAGGCGGCGAAACCUAAAACCUCCAAGCCUAAGGCAGCAAAACCCAAAGCUGCAAAGGCGAAGAAGGCGGCUCCUAAGAAGAAGUAG